AAGAGACUCAAGAAAGUACAUUUUAUCCAAUUCCUAUACGUUUAGGACUUGAAAUUAUUAUACAGCUUAAUAAAGCUCUUUUUAUUAUUUGUGUAGUUCGUCAUAUUCAUAGUUUUUUACAACCUGGUUAUAUUUGUGAAGGAGGAGGACAAAGUAGUGGUGUUGUUGAAAGUGCUUUUAAAGCUAUUACUUCUACUUAUCAGUUAGUUUUUGGUAGUAAAACAAAAUAUGCGGGACUUUCUUAUUUAGGAUUAAACCAACCUGAAACAGCUCAAAAACUUUUAGAAGGAAAAAUAUAUCUGUUUUUGUUGGGUGUCUUGGUAAAAUAA